GAGCAGGACUCCUCCACCCACGUUUGGUGGAUCGCCGUCAUGGGGCCCCGAGCCCUGCUCCUCCUGCUGUCCGGGACCCUGACCCUGACCCUGACCCAGAACUGGAUGGGCCCCCACACCCUGGGAUAUUGCAGCACCGCCAUGUACGUACCCCUCGGCGAGAAGAACCGCUACACCGUCGUCAUCUACCUGGACGACACGGAGAUCCUGCGGUUCCAUAGUGACGCCUCCAGUUCCAGACUGGAGCCGAGGGUGCCCUGGAUGGAGCAGGAGGGCGCAGGGUUUUGGGAGGAACAGAUGCAGGAAAUAAGGCACAAUGAACAGACGAGCAGAGUGACCCUGAACAAGCUGCAGGUCUACUACAACCAGAGCGAGGACGGGUCUCACACCCUCCAGGAAAUGACCGGCUGCCUCGUCGGGUUGGACGGGCACUUCCUCCACGGGUUCAGUCAGUUCGCCUACGACGGCACCGAAUUCCUCUCCCUGGAUGAGGACCUGUGCUCCUGGACCACCAGGGCCAUGGCGCCCCAGAUCACCUGGCGCGAGUUGGUGCUGCUCCCUGAUGCGGACGUCAGGAGAUUCUUCCUGCAGGACACCUGCGUGCGCCGCCUCCACCGCCUCCUGGAGAAGGGGAAGGACACGCUGCUCCGAGCAGACCCUCCAAAGACACACGUGACCCACCACCCCAUCUCUGACCAUGAGGUCACCCUGAGGUGCUGGGCCCUGGGCUUCUACCCUGCGGGCAUCACCCUGACCUGGCAGCGUGAAGGGCAAGACCUGACCCAGGACAUGGAGGCUGUGGAGACCAGGCCUGCGGGGGACGGGACUUUCCAGAAGUGGGCGGCUGUGGUCGUGCCCCCUGGAGAGGAGCAGAGAUACACAUGCCAUGUGCAGCACCAGGGGCUGCCUGAGCCCCUGACCCUGAGAUGGGAACCCCCUCCUCAGACCAUCAUCACCACCAUGGGCAUUGUGGGCAUCGCUGCUGCCCUGGGUCUCCUUGGAGCUGUGGCUGCUGGAGCUGUGAUUUGGAGGAGGAAGUGCUCAGGCAGAAGCAAACAGAGCAACAUUCAGGCUGCCUACAGCAACAGUGCCCAGGGCCCUGGUGUGUCUCUCACAGCUCCUAAGGUGUGACAGAGCUGCCUUGUCCAGGUUUGGUGCUAAAACAGUCACUGCAGCCUCCCCUUGGGACUUUAAGGGUCCCUGACUGCAGUUUCUGCAACAAGUAUCUGAACACGUCUGCAUUAAAUAAAUUUAACUCUAUAUUUAUAUAUACGAAUUAAACAGAAGUGAUUUAGAUUAAAAGCUCCAAAGUGUAUCGUUUCCAGCAAAUAUUAUUCUAUGUACACCUUCAUCCCAUUUGUUAAGCUGUUAAUUUAAACUCACAAACUUACCAUGAGGUGUGCAGACAACCCAGGAGGGACAGACUGUCUGCCACGGACAAGGGGACCACACGGCUCCCCAGUGAUGUUCCUUGUGACCACCUGUGCUCCAUUGGCACUUAAGGGUUUCUUCCCAUGCAUCCGAAUGCGACCAUUUGGAGCCUCUGGUUUUCGCUGGUUGAGUCCCUGAUUCUAACCAGGUGCAUAUUUAUUGCCUAGGAGUCGUCCCAAGCUUUCAGGCCCUCCUCAUGUAGACCUCAGGGCUGUCUGUGUGGGGUGCACAGAGCUGACCAAUCAGAAGGUGAAGACACCUGCUUAAAGCAGGAAGUGUCCCAGCAUCCACUGUCCUUAAUCCACUGCAGACACUGCUCUCAUUCUGCAGAUGCUGAGUCCUGGAAGGUCAUGGCCAAGGAGCCCCCAUGACCUUAGUGGCUUCCUCUGAGAGUUCGUCCUCAAGGGAGAGCCCUUGGGCCACAGGGUCAGUCUGGCUACUGGACUGAGAACAGAAUCAGGAGACAAGGGACCAGCGAGGCAGGAGGGAAAGGUAUGGGGAAGCUCCCAGGGUUCCAGGCUGCAGGUGCUGGGUGUUCUGAUGGGGCUGUGAGUGGUGGAAACAGUGGGAAGGGAGUGGACACUGAAUGCAUUUGGAAGAUGGAUUUCCCAGCAUUUCCAAAGGAUUCAAUCUGGGGUGUGGGAAAGGAGUCAAGGAGGGCACCCCACAUUUGUACUGUGCCAGCAGAAAGAUGGGGUUAUAUCAGCAGAGACGAGGAAGAUACUGGCAGGAGUAUGUGUGUGGGAGGGAUGGGCAUUUCAAGGGUUCAGCUGAAGAGAAGGUCAAGGUGAGACGUCUGUUAUGAGCACCAGUGAGGAGUCAGGUUGGACAGAGGAGUGUGGGGACCUUGAGGAGAAAUGUCUGGGCUGGAGACAUAGGGGUAGAGGUGAUGCUACAAAAAUGACAUUUAAAACCAUGAGGGUGGAUGAGGCCACCAAGGGAGCCAGGACUGUGGAAGAUUAAAGAACAAGGACGGGACACUGCACCUCCCUGUCCUGACCGUGGGGACAUUCAUUCUGGUGACCCACUCAGGGGGGUGACAGGUAUCCCUGUCAAACAGUCACCGUUUGGUGUUUUUCAUUCAUCAGUAAUUUACAGGGAGACGUUCUGAGAUUGUCCUGCUGUGCCCUCACCGAUUCUACACUCACUCUGCUUAGUCCCUCUCAUAACUUCCACCCAAGUCAGCGAAAAUGUGGUUGUCCCGUGUCAGCCCUGGACACUUAUGAGUGCGGUGUAGAGUACAGCAGGGGAAAGUAGGAAGUGAUAUUGUUGUGACUACAUAUGGUGUCCGAUGGGUACUAGACUUUUCAGGGAGAUUGCUUAAUAAGUUAUAUAAAUGUAUAAUCAUGGAGUUCCAUGGCUGAAAGUAACACAACAUUGUAUGUCAACCGUAGUUAAAAAAUAAAAAAUCUCAUGGACAC